AUGUCAACCGGCAGUAAACCAUUUUCCCGAAUCGCAGUUGUAGGCGUCGGAGAAGUCGGCGGAGCAGCUGCAUUCGCGCUCGUCAUUUCCUCCUUAGCCAGCGAACUGCUGCUCGUCGACAUCAACACGACGCUGCGAGAUGGCCAGGUUCGCGACCUGUCCGACGUGGCUUACAGUUCCAACAGCGUGACGCGCGUGCGGGCAGCCACGCACCACGAGGCAGGGCAGUGUGACAUUGUCGUCAUUACCGCCGGAUCAAAGUGUGUGCUGGGCCAGCCGAACCUCGAGCGUGUAUACCGCAAUGUGUCCAUUAUAAGAAACGUGGUCGACGCCAUGAGGCCCAUCAGGCAAGACGCCAUUGUAGUCGUCGUUUCGAACCCGGUGGACUUGGCUACGACUCUGGUCCUCAAGCUCUCCAAGCUGCCCAAGUCGCAGGUCCUCGGCGCCGGCACCUUUCUCGACUCCGUGCGGAUCCGGGGCAUGAUUGCCGACGAGAUUGGGGUGGCGGCGAAUUCCCUGGAUGUCUAUGUGCUGGGCGUGCACGGGGACCCCCAAGUUGUGGCAUGGUCGACGGCGACAAUCGGCGGCGUUGCCAUUGACAAGUCGCUGCAGUAUAGUAAUCAGAUUGACCAUGAAAAGGUAGCGCAGGAAUGCAAGGACCGGUCGCGGAGCAUCAUCCGAGCCAAGGGCGCCAAUCCGUUUGGCAUCAGCUCCAUUGUCUGCAGCAUUUGCGCCUCGAUACUCCUGGACAAGCGCAACGUUCGUCCGGUUAGCUGCUUCCGGCCGGGAUACGGCUGCUGCUUCAGCUGGCCUGUUGUUCUGGGGAGAAAGGGCAUCAUGAGGGCCAUGGACGUGCCGCUGAAUAAUGAGGAGAGGGCCGAAAUAGACGAGACGGCCAAGACACUGAAGGCCACGGUUGCUCAUGUUCUUGCUGAUGGAUAG